AUGGGUGCUAAAGCAUACUUUUUUGUGUGGUUCGUUGUUGGAAAUGUUUGGCUAUUUGGAGGUAACUCUUCUUCAGGGGAUUCAAAUUUGCACAGGUUAUGCGUAAUGUUCCUUGUCUUCGGUUAUCUCGAUUUUAUUAUGCCCUUUAUCCUGUGUCUGGUUUUGGCAUGCUGUUGUGGGGACCUUGGUCCAAUUAGAGGAGCUUCUUCAGAAUGCAUUGAUUCUCUGCCAACGUACACAUUCAAGUUGCAGAAAGAUGGUAGUGGCAGCAUAAAGAAAAUUAAUUCUGAAGUUAAUGGUGGGGCUGAAGCAGCAGGAGCCGAGAAGGACUGUUCUAUUCCACGGGAUGAUGUUGUUUGCUGCAUUUGUUUGACGAGUUACACAGACCAUGAUGUGCUGAAGGAGCUCCCUUGCUCUCAUGUCUUCUAUAAAAGCUGUGUAGAUAAAUGGCUCAAGAUGAAAGCGCUCUGUCCGCUUUCCAAAUGCAUUAUUUUGUUGAAUAAAUAA